CGGGAGGCGGCCCGGGGGCCGCGGGGGCCGCUGACCGGGGAGGCGGAAGGCGGCGGGGCCGGGCCAUGGGGGACGGAGCCGUUCGCAGCCGCCGGAUCCCGGAAUCCAGCCGGAGCCGGAGCGGCGCCCCCUGCUGAGCCCCGAGAGCCGGGCCAGCAGCCGGAUGCCCGGGCCCAUUGGGCGGGCCGGUGGCCGCGUGCGGGAUGAGCAGACUGCUCGGGGGGACGCUGGAGCGCGUCUGCAAGGCCGUGCUCCUACUCUGCCUGCUGCACUUUCUCGUGGCCGUCAUCCUCUACUUUGACGUCUACGCCCAGCACCUGGCCUUCUUCAGCCGCUUCAGUGCGCGAGGCCCCGCCCGUGCCCUCCACCCAGCCGCCAGCAGCAGCACCAACUGCUCUCGGCCCAACGCCACUGCCCCCAGCUCCGGGCUCCCCGAGGCUCCCAGCGCCCGGCCGGGCCCCACGGCUCCUGUCCUGCCACCCUGUCCUGACUCGCCGCCUGGUCUUGUGGGCCGGCUGCUGAUUGAGUUCACCUCACCCAUGCCCCUGGAGCGGGUGCAGAGGGAAAACCCAGGCGUGCUCCUGGGCGGCCGCUAUACACCACCCGACUGCACGCCAGCCCAGACGGUGGCGGUCAUCAUCCCCUUCCGACACCGGGAGCACCACCUACGCUACUGGCUCCACUAUCUGCACCCAAUCCUCAGGCGACAGCGGCUGCGCUAUGGCAUCUAUGUCAUCAACCAGCACGGUGAGGACACCUUCAACCGGGCCAAGCUGCUCAACGUGGGUUUCCUAGAGGCACUGAAGGAGGACGCCACCUACAACUGCUUCAUCUUCAGUGAUGUGGACCUGGUGCCCAUGGAUGACCGCAACCUAUACCGCUGUGGCGACCAGCCUCGGCACUUCGCCAUUGCCAUGGACAAGUUCGGCUUUCGGCUGCCCUAUGCUGGCUACUUUGGAGGUGUGUCGGGCCUAAAUAAAUCCCAGUUCCUGAGAAUCAAUGGCUUCCCCAACGAGUACUGGGGUUGGGGUGGUGAGGAUGACGACAUCUUCAACCGGAUCUCCCUGGCUGGGAUGAAGAUCUCGCGCCCAGACAUCCGCAUAGGCCGCUACCGCAUGAUCAAGCACGACCGGGACAAGCAUAAUGAGCCCAACCCUCAAAGGUUUACCAAGAUUCAAAACACGAAGCUGACCAUGAAGCGGGACGGCAUCGGGUCAGUGCGGUACCAGGUCUUGGAGGUGUCUCGGCAACCGCUCUUCACUAAUAUCACAGUGGACAUUGGGCGGCCCCCAUCAUGGCCCCCUCGGGGCUGACACCAAUGGACAAAGGCUACCAGUGCCAAGGAUUGCCUGCCAGAGGACUGACCUACAGCCUGGCUGGUGGCUGCUCUGUGACAGAUCCCCCAGGACAGAGACUGUGGGCUCUGUUUUCUGAGGGUCUUCAGUAGGCCCCCCAGCUACACCUGGAAGUUUCAGAACCUACUUCAGGGAGCUUCUGUCCUGGGCAGGCCCCUCAAGUGUGGCCCUCUCUGGGGUCAACCGUUCUUCCUGCUCCUCCCUCCCCAGUUCAGCCCCCCUCACUGUCAGGGUUGGGCCAGCCCCUGCACUGCCUCGCUGAGUGGCCUGGGCCAGGUCACUCCACCUCUCUGUGCCUCAGUUUCCCCCCCCCUUGAGUCCCCUAGGGCCUGGAAGAGUGGGAGGUAUGACUAGGGGGCAAUGUCGCUUCCAGGGGGAAUUCUCAGACCUGGGGAUCCCCCAUGCUCCCAGGGGAGGGGAAACCUUUUUCACUCAACAUUGUAGGGGGCAAACUCCGGUGCACCCCCUGCUGAGGAGCAGCGCCAGGAGGGGACCAGAGUGGGUGCUGUGUCGCUGCCUGGGAUCUUGGGGUCGGGCUUUGCAUGGGGGCGGAUGGGGCUCGGAUCCGCCGCCCCUCUCAGAGAGAAGGCAGUAGCCCCAGGGCCGGCUCGUGUUUGUACAUUGCACAGAAACUUGUGUGGGUGCUUUAGUAAAAAACGUGAAUGGA